UACAAGUGUUCCCCGGCUGCCCUCAAUUCAAUCCGUUGGCUUGUUCCGUUGAGGCGGUCAAGUUUUUCCUCCCCCGCCGGCCUAGCAAGACCAACCCCCAAAUCCCCCGCUCCCAUCCCAAGAACUCAGCUGCAUUCCGCGACACGCACAAAAACAGAACAGAAUCCACCCAAACCCGCGCCCCGAAACCCCAGCAGAGAUCGGCCAUCACGUUCAUGUUCUCCAUGUCCACCUCGCAGCAGGCGCGGCUCCGGUUCCCCCAGUACCAGUAGCAGUAGCGCGUAUAUAUACAUGGCGCUAUGGACGCUGCUCCUGGGCGUGGCCCUGCCCGUCGCGGCGCUGGUCGCGGCCGCGUUCUUCGUGUACCGGCUCCAGCAGCGCUCGCCGCGCAACGCGCCGCCGGAGCUACCGGUGGCGAGCGGCGGAGCCGGCGGCGGCCACGCGGCGGACCUGUCGGCGAGCCCCGGGCUGGCGAAGCUGAACGCCAAGUACAACGCCAGCAGCGGCCGCGUGGGCGUCCGGUUCCAGCAGCUGCACCACCAGCACCAUGCCUCGAGGCACCGAGGACAGCAGCAGCAGCAGCAAGGGCCGUUCCAGUGGGGCGACCACCCGCGGCUGGUGAUCGAGGCGGCGGAGAACGGGUGGGCGCAGUUCGUGUUCUCCGUGUCCCGGGCCAAGUCCACGUCCGCGUCGUCGUCGCCGCUCUGGGGGCUCUGCCCGGUCUGCGACGCCGGGGCCAGCCGCGACAUGGCCGACCAGGCCGCGUGGGAGGUGCCCGCGGGCUCGUCCGAGCGGCUCCAGGCCGUGCGGCUCAACCCGGCGGCCGCGUCCGCUGCGUCCGCGGCGUCAGGCAAGAAGUGGCUUCCUGGAAGCAUCACGAGCCCCCUCCGCACUAGCGACCACCAGGAUCUGACAAACAACAGCAGCAACAACGCGCUGUGCGUCGCCAGGAUGAGCAUGCCGCUCCCCGGCCCGCCCAUGGCCGGCGCGCCGUUCCCGCAGGAAGCCUACUUCGAGAUCACCAUCAUAUACCUCAACACGCGGCGUCCGGAGUGGUCGUCGGCGUCUCGGGCGGGGAGCAGGCGUGCGCAGCAGGACGGCUCCGUCGAGAGCGACCGCAUCAAGCUCAUCAGUUUCGCACCGGAUAUUACCAACACCAAGGACACGGUCCAAGAAAGCAGAGCCACGAAAGACGACGAUCGGCGAGACCACAAGCAGAGGCACUUGGUCAUGUCGCUGGGCCUCGCCGCUGGGUCGCCGUCUCGGCCGUCGUUGGCCGGGACUUACGCGUCCUCCAUCGGCUUCCACUCCAACGGCGCCGUCUACCUCGACGGGAUGAAGCUCGCGUACGAAUCGGCGAAAUCGUCGUGGGCGGGGGUGGACAAGGUGGUGGGCUGCGGCUUCGACCCGGCGAAGCGGAAGGUGUUCUUCACGGUGGACGGGCAGCUGGCGCACGCGGUGAGCUGCAACGCCGACGCCUUCUCCUGCCCGCUGUACCCGGCCAUGGCGUCCAGCUUCGACGUGAUGGCGCUGGUCAACCUCGGGCAGAGCAAGUUCCGGUACGCGGCGGCCAACGCGCGCCGCACGCCCAACCCGUGCUUCGUGCGCUCCGCGUCCUCGGGUGACGGCCGGAGCGGCUCCAUGGGCGGCGGCCUCGACUUCGACGACAGCGGCGACCUCUUCUCCAUGGGCCGCGUCGACUCCUCCGGCUGGACGGAGACCUCGCGGGUCAGCAGGAGCAGGAAGGACAGCGCCUCGGCGGCCGGCGACCUCGAGCCCGAUUCCGACCUCUUCGAGAUCUCAUUGCGAGAUUGAGACACGAAACGGAUAGCGGCAGGUGGCUCGUUGGUCAAGCAGGAAUUAGCGGCAUUAAUGGCCAACGGUGAUGCCGAUGCUGACACGUGCUUAGGAGUUAGGACACCGCAGGAGAUGCAGGUUUUUCCAUGGCCGUCGUUGGAUCUUCUCCCUGUUUGUUUAUCUAGAUGCUGUGAAAAGUGGAACUAGUAGAUCGAAAGGAUUGAAAGCUUGUCUUAUAUGAUGAGCUUAUGAUUCGUCCUCUCUUUUCCACUUUCAACCUUUUUUACUUUUCUUUUGAGGUUGUAAAUACUAACUCUAAAUAGCUUCUGUAAGUACGUAGAAUUUGGAAUAAAGGGGAGCAAGGCAAGGUGCGGGAAAACGCUUUAAUUGGAAAGUAA